AUGACGGUGGAAGAUUGUCGUGUUGAGCUUGAUGAAGACAAACACGGAGCAUUGAAGAGAUAUCGCACCGGAGUUGAAGUCUCUCUCGAAAAAGCCGAUCUAUUGAAAUCAUCGGACAUGACCGUCCUCCAAGCCUUUGUCAUAUACAUCGCCUGCAGCAGGUGUUAUGAUGAAGGAACAGAGAUUAGGAAGUUUCUCGCGAAUGCCAUUGGAAUUGCGCUCAAGAUCGGCCUGCACCGCGAUCAAUCUGCUUCAGGACUACCACCCUUUCAAGUCGAAAUACGGCGUCGACUCUGGUGGCAGAUAUAUAUUCUCGAUAUUAAUAUUGCAGAGGACUGUGGCACAACCCCGCGUAUUCUGGAGUCAUGGUUCGACACAAAACGCCCUUUGAAUGUGAGCGAUGCAAGUCUCGACCCUGAUAUGAAGGAACCGCCUCAAAACUGCAGCGGGAAAAGAGAGAUGAUCUUGAGUCUCACAAGAUCUGAGAUCAGCAGUUUUUCCCGCCGAACUAUCUUCUCUGACCAGUUUUGCGAAGAAAACUGCUACCCGGUUUUAUCAGCUUCGCAGAAAUCCACAGCGAUAGAUCUUUUCAAAGAGAAAGUCGAACAGCAAUACUUAUCGCAUCUAGAUCAAAGUAUUGCGCUAGACUAUUUUACAACUAUCUCCAGCAAUCUUAUAAUUGCAAAGCUCAAAUUGGCAGUGAUCAAACCCCGAGCGAGACAAGACCAGUCUAUGCUCACCCAUGUGAACUUCCGAAAGGUUUGCACGGAGAUUCUGCAGAAAACUACAGCUUUGAAACGCCAUGAAAAGUGUAGACAGUGGCUCUGGAGUCUCCAAAGCCACAUCGAGUGGGAUGCCUUGACAUGUCUCCUCAUCAAUCUUUCUCUGGCCCCAAAAGGGGAGUUGUUGGAUUCAACAUGGCAAACGGUCAAUGAGACAUACGAUUACUUGAAGAUGGACGGUGAUUCCCGACGUGAUCACCGCUGGGAGAAUAUCGAGGAACUCCGCACGAAGGCUCUAUUUUCUCGGGACAUGAUACAGAUCAAUCCAUCCCAAUGGGGUGCAUCACCAGAUAACGACAGCGGCUUCGAAGAAUCACACACCAUGGCUACAAAAUCACCACAGCAGCUUGGUCUAGGAACAUUAAAGCGGCAAAGAGAAAACGAUACGAGUUCUUCCCGCUCUUCUCCAGGCGAGUUGGAACCUAUAAUCCCGAACUGUCUUUCUGAGGUGCCGAGAAUUCAAUCAGAAGCCCAAGAGCACCUUCCACGUAUGUGGGCGUUGGCGAAUGCUGCCGCGGCUGCUCCGACAGCUAUCGACAGUUCAUCUCGCAUGGGACCAGCCAGUGAACCUGCAGAUAUACCGAGCUCAGGCACUGGCUGUCAGUGGAGUGCGACUCUCUUCGAGCGCUACUUUCAGGUCAUGGGCUCUGAGCAACCAUCACCGCCAGGACAAUGA